GCGGUCAUUGGGCGGCGUGAUAGCGCCGCGGUCCCGCGGCCCUGCAGCCGCUGCCGCCGCUGCUAGCAGAGCGCACCCGCCCGGCCGGGCCAGUGGCCAUGGCGGGCACCGAGGAUUGGCCGGGCCAGCAGCCGGAGCUGGACGAGGACGAAGCAACGUAUUGCCGGCGCUGGGGCGCGCAGCACGCCGGGGCCCGCGAGCUGGCCGCGCUUUACUCGCCAGGCAAACGCUUCCAGGAGUGGUGCUGCGUGGUGCUGUGCUUCAGCCUCGUGGCCUACAACUUGGUCCACCUCCUGCUGCUGGCCCGCUGGGAGCACACGCCCCUCGUAAUGCUGGGUGUCGUUGCAGGGGCUCUACUUGCUGACUUCUUGUCUGGCCUGGUGCACUGGGGAGCCGACACGUGGGGUUCCGUGGAGCUGCCCAUCGUGGGGAAGGCUUUCAUCCGGCCCUUCCGGGAGCACCACAUUGACCCGACGGCCAUUACACGUCAUGACUUCAUCGAGACCAACGGCGAUAACUGCCUGGUGACACUGCUGCCACUGUUGAACAUGGCCUACACGUUCCGCACCCAGAGCCCCGAAGCCCUGGAGCAGCUGUACCCCUGGGAAUGCUUCCUCUUCUGCCUGAUCAUCUUCUGCACCUUCACUAACCAGAUCCACAAGUGGUCACACACGUACUUUGGGCUGCCACGCUGGGUCACCCUACUGCAGGACUGGCAUGUCAUCCUGCCACGUAAGCACCACCGCAUCCACCACGUCUCUCCCCACGAGACCUACUUCUGCAUCACCACAGGCUGGCUCAACUACCCUCUGGAGAAGAUGGGCUUCUGGCGACGUCUGGAGGACCUCAUCCAGGGCCUGACGGGUGAGAAGCCUCGGGCAGACGACAUGAAAUGGGCCCAGAAGAUCAAGUAACUCCUCCAGCCCGCCGCCUUGUUGCCAACCUUCCCCAGCCUCCCCAGACCGAAGCCAUCUGCCAAAUUCCAGCCUUCCUCGCGCUGGCCCCUCCAGGUGGAGAGGAUGCCUCCUGGGCUGGGCCUGGGCACCCCCAGCCCACCCUCUGUGACACAGAAUACUUGAGCCACUGAUUUUUAAUUUCCUUUUUCCCCCGUUUUCUUUCUUUGGCCCCUCCCUAGCUACCUGAGCUGCUCUGUCUGCCAAGCCUGACUCUGCAGAAAAAGGAGCCCCUUGGGUAGAGGAGAAGCUCACCCCCACUCCCUACACUGCAGCCUCCCCCAGCCCCACUGGGCAGCCCCUCAGCAUGGUUGGCGUUGGGGUGACUGAGUUGUCUUAUUUGUCCCUCUUUGUCUGCCUGCCGUGGUCCAGGAGCCCCCAGGCACACCUAAGUGUCCCUGGAGCAUUGCCCUGUCAUAGCUCUGCAGACGGACCCCAGAGGCCUUGGUGGACAGCCCUGGCCUGGCCUGUCCACUCGGAUGGCACAGUGCAGCGAGGGUCUGAGGGCAGGCAGCCAGAAGAAGCCAGAAUCCCCUACCCAAGUCUGGACUGUUCAGUCGGGACAUGGUCCCAGCCAGAGCGGAUGUUUCUAAGUGAAUGAAGGAUGACUUCACAGGGCGCAGCCCCUGCAGUGGGUCUUAAAUCACUUGUAAUGGGACACAGUGCUCUCUCUGGCCGGGGGUAUGUCAGAGAAGGAAGAAUGGGGCUUUUCUCAUUUUGGUUUGUUUUUUUUUUUAAAGGUGCUUGCUUGUUUAAUGUAAAUAAUAGAAAGCCUUAAUAUCUUUUCUGUAACACGGAGUAAUAUUUUAAUGUCAUGUUUUGGAUGUACAUAAUAUAUUUAUAACAAAGCAGCAAGAGUCUACUUAACCUCGGCAGCCUCAUGUUUCCUGGUUGGCUGGGGAAGGCGGGGGAAGGAGUCUGAAGGGUGAGGUGCCACCCUGGCCUGUUCCCAGCUUCCCCGGCAACCCUGGGCUCAGGAUGGAGGCCUCGUCACCCGAGACAGUUAGUGAAUGGUGAUACCUGCCCCAAACACUUGGAGGGGAUCGUGAUUUGGUAAGGAAUGAUCCUUUUGCAAGAGAUCACGGUGAUAGAGUAAUGAAGGCAGAUCCCUACUAGUGAAUUCCUUCAGCAAAUGUGUAUUGGCAACUAGUGUGUACCAGGCUCUGACCUGGACCCUGGGGCACAGCACUGAGCAAACCAAACAAGGGUUUACCCCAGCGGAGACGACCCUGGGGGAAGGGACAAUAAACAUAAAUACAUGUAUACAGGCAUUCA